GUAAGCUGAUAGUGGAGCAGGUUUAUCUUCAUUCCACAGUAAACAGCAGAAACUAUUCUCACUCUUCAAAUCCGACUCAGAAAGCUCAUGAAGUGUAAUAUUCCACUGAGAUUCUAACACAGUGUGUAUUUUUCUUGUGUUUUUUUGAUCUGCUCUGGUGAUAUCCUCUCUGCUUCAUAAACAGGAGUUGUUGUCCAUCCAUACCAUGUCCAUCCCUGUGGACUUCCUGUCUGAGGAGCAGUUCUCCUGCUCUAUUUGCCUGGACAUCUUCACCAACCCCGUCUCCACGCCAUGUGGCCACAGCUUCUGCCUCUCCUGCAUCAUGUCCUACUGGGAUGGCCGGGGCAAAUCCUGCCUCUGCCCCCUGUGUAAGGAGAGCUUCCGCAAGCGUCCAGAGCUUCACAUAAACCACACACUCAAGGAGAUAACGGAGCAAUUCAAGCGCAUGGCUGAGAACUCAGGAAGCCACGGGAACUCCAUCGCUGCCCAAGCUGCCAGCUCUCAGUCUCCACGAAUGACAGACAGAAAGAUCAGUGGGUCGCCUCGGCCCGGAGAGCUGCCCGGAGUACUGCUGAAGGAAAUGAAGAGCCGCUUCCAAAGGACAUCAUCCAGCGGGAAUUUACUGGAAGCUUCCGGGCCGUCUUCUUCACCACCUCCGUACGAAGCCAGCAGGAGGAGGUUCAGUGCCAGCGGGUUUGGACCGGCGAGCUCAAAUGGACCUCCGUGUAGCAAGCACGGACUGAGCCUGGAUAUGUUCUGCAGGAACGAUCAGAUAUGUGUGUGUGCGAUGUGCGGUGAGGGAGACCAUCACGGUCACUCGCUGGUGCCGGCUCGCAGGGAGAUGAUCGUGAAGAAGUCUCAGUUGGGGAUCUUGGAGGUGGAGCUGCAGAGUUUAAUCACAGCCAGAGAGAAGAAGAUUGAAGAAAUUCAAACGUCGAUGGCGGACAUUCAAGCCAAUGCCCAGCAGGAGGUGGAGAUCACAGCCAGCAUGUUCCGUGCUUUGAUCAGCUCCUUGGACAGAUCUCAGGCCGAGGUGUUGGAGGUGGUGGAGAUGGGUCGUGCUGCUGCAGAGCUCCGUUCACAGGCUCUCAUCCGAGACCUUCAGCUGGAGCUCACUGAGCUGAGAAAGAGGAGCAGCGCUCUGUCUGAGCUCUCUCAGUCCACUGACCACAUCAACUUCUUCAAGACAUAUCCGUCCCUCUCUACUGGUCCUCCCAUGAAGAGCUGGGCAGAAGUGACGUUGACCCCUGACCCCACGGCUGGAGUCGUCCUUAAAAACGUCACGCAAAUGAUGGAGAAACUGGAGGAGGAGCUGAGGAAGCUGCCGCAGAGCUGUUUCCAUUCAGCGAUGGAGUCACCUGUAAAACAACAGCCGAGUGAGUUUUGUUUACAUUCAGUGAUGGAGUCACCUGUAAAACAACAGCCGCGUCAGUGGAAGUUACAGGAUUACACAUUGGACGUUACUCUGGAUCGAGAAUCCGCCCAUCCGAGACUGGUGAUCUCUGAGGACUGUAAGCAGGUGUACUGCAGUGACCGCUAUCGCCCCGUGAUGGACACGCCUGAGCGGUUCGACCGUGUGGUCUGUGUGCUCGGCUUCCAGGGCUUCAGCUCGGGACGUCAUUACUGGGAGGUCCACGUGGGUGAGAAGACAGACUGGGAUGUGGGCGUGGUCAAUCGCUCCAGCAACCGCAAGGGAAAGAUCUCGGUCAGUCCGGCUAACGGCUACUGGCUUCUGAGUCUGCGAGAAAACCAUGAAUAUGCCUUUCGGUCCAGUCCACUGAUGCCCAUUUACCUGAACCCCAGACCUCAGAGGAUUGGGAUUUACAUAGACUAUGAAAAAGGACAAGUGUCUUUUUAUAACGCUGACACCAUGACACUUAUCUUCUCUAACGUCUACUUCUUUACUGAAACUUUAUAUCCAUGCUUCAGUCCCUGCACUAACAAAUCCGGGAAAAAUGGCAAUCCUCUGAUCAUUUGGCCCAUCACUUCAUCAUAAUCUCUUAGAAUUUACAGUUUUUUCAUUGACAUGUUUAGAAGCUCGUCAGUGUCGUCAGUGAAACUGAGACGAGUUUCCAGUUGAACUGAAAAGAAGUGUAUUUGCUAGCUACAUUAGCUAGGACAGAGUAAAGCUGUGCAUGUGUUUAUAGUUUUUAAUGCGUCCGAAUCUUCGUUCUUAUCGAGCGAUAGCGACUGAUCGUCAGGAACACUUCUGGCUUGGAGAGGAAAGAAAGUGGGCGUGUCUUUGUGCUCAGUGCUCACAGAACCGAAGCGCUGUUUCUACCUUCCUGUUUACACAUGCGGUCAUUUUAACCCUCACUGACCCUGCUGUGUGCUCUGGUCAGCUUCUCCAUGCUCUCAGUUAAAUCCAGUGUUUAAACAGGAUAUACAGAUGUUGCUGGUUGUUCUGUUCCUUGACAGUCUGCGUGUUUUCGAUCAUUAAUUAUAAAAUUUGUUCAGAACCCCGUUAUUUUUUGCGGUCUGGUCAGUGUGGCUGGUGUUAGAUACUGAAGCAUGUUCCUGAGUAAAUGAGCACAAUAUCACAAUAUCAGUAUUGAUGAAACCCCUAUCUGAUGUUUAUUUUUGUAUAUUAUUUGAAAUUUUUGUUACACUGUGUGUGUGUGUGUGUGUGUGUGUGUUGUUCAAAUAAGAUAUAUUACUGUAAUAUACAGCUCUUAGCACACAUCUGUACCAUCUGUUUUAUCUCCUAGAAAUGAUUAUUAUUGAAAAUAUAACCUUUAUUCCUGCUCAUAAUCCUGACUGUACUGCGUGCAUAAUGUGAAUAAAAAUGUUUUUUU